AUGUUGUCCGUACGUGCUCGCCUUUCUUCAGUUGUUAACAAGCGUACAUUUGCUACUGUCACUGAAGCUGCUAAGAAGCCUAUUGUUGACCAAAAAUUCAAGGUUGUCGUAGUUGGUGGUGGACCUGGUGGUCUUUCAGUUUCAUCCACUAUCUCCAAGUUGCUCGGUAAAAACCAAGUUGCUGUCAUUGAGCCUUCUCUUAAGCAUUAUUACCAACCUUUAUGGACAUAUGUUGGUGGUGGUCUCAAGGAUUUCAGCGAAUCUGUCAAGCCUAUGGGCGAUGUCAUGCCCAAUGAAGCUGAAUGGAUCCAAGAUAAAGUCGUUUCAUUCGACCCCGAUAAUAACACAGUCAAACUUGCCGAUGGACAAACUGUUGGAUAUGAUUAUUUAGUUGUUGCAGCAGGUAUUCAAAUCAAUUGGGAUGCUGUCAAGGGCUUAAAGGAAGCUCUUGGUAAGGAUGGUGUCACAUCCAACUAUGAUGCUGACAGUGUUCAAAAGACCUACAAAUAUCUUCAAGAAUUUAAGGGUGGUAAUGCUCUCUUUACCUUCCCUAACUCUCCCCUCAAGUGUCCCGGUGCUCCUACCAAGAUUACUUUCUUGGCUGAAGAAGCUUUCCGUCUUUCUGGUGUCCGUGAUAAGACCAAUGUGAUUUACAACACUGCUGCUGCCAAGAUUUUCGGUGUUGAUCACUAUGGUCAAGUGCUUCAAAAGUUGGCCAAUGAACGUAACAUUGCAGUCAACCUUCAACAUGAAUUGCUCGAAAUUGAUGCCAACAACCACAAGGCUAUCUUUAGAAACAAUGCCAACCAGGAGACCAAGGCUUUUGAAUACGACUUCAUCCAUGUUGCUCCUCCUCAAGGUCCUCCCAAGUUCAUUAAGGAAUCCAAGUUGGCUGAUGCUGCUGGUUGGGUCGAUGUCAACAAAGAUACUUGUCGUCACAACAAGUACAAGAACGUCUUUUCCUUGGGUGAUUGUUCCUCUCUUCCUACUUCCAAGACUGCCGCUGCUAUCACUGGUGAAUCUGGUGUCUUGAAAAAGAAUUUAAUCGCUGAUCUUCAAGGCAAGAAGAUUGAACAAGCUGUUUAUGAUGGUUACACCAGUUGUCCUUUGAUUGUUGGUCGUGAUCAACUCAUUUUGGCCGAAUUCUCUGGCUACACUGGCAAGCCUCUUGAGACUUUCCCUGUUGAUCAACGUCAAAUCAGUAAGACUGCUCAAUUCUUGAACAAAGAAGUCAUUCCUAGCAUUUACUGGAAUGGUUUGUUGAAGGGUACAUGGACUGGUCCUACUACUGUUCGUCGUCUCUUUGAUCCUAUCCGUCCUAAGCAUGAUUAA